AUGCCGACUGCUUUCCUAUUUCCCACAACCAGGGUAUUCUUCGGCAAGAGUGUGCAAAAUCUACGUGAGUAUCGGGCCAUCGCCACGUCAACGCACUGCCUCGACGUACAUCCCGCAAACUAUCUGGCAGCUCCAAGAAGAUUUGUUGCCACGAUGUCCUCCCUAAGCUCCCCCGUCGAGCGGGAGCGCGUCCGCACCCUGAAUGACCCCCAUGCAAACACGAAAGGCAGCCAUGUAGUCUACUGGAUGAACAAUGCAGUCCGCGUCCGUCACAACCCCGCUCUGGAGGAAGCGGCCCACAUGGCCGCUUCAAUGGAGCAGGCUCUUCGUGUCAUCUACCUCAUGGACGUCACUGCGCAAGACAGCCAACCCCUGCCCGAGCGCCACACCUCGUUCUUGCUACAAGGCCUCGCGGACGUCGCGGCAUCGUUACGGCAGAGAAAAGUUCCAUUUGUCGUCUUAUCACCAGAGGCAGAAGCUGACGUAGCCAUUCCUGCAAUGGCGAAGGAUGCGUCCGCAGUUGUAACUGACGCCUCGUAUCUACGCCCGGGGAUCGCGACUAGGAAACGUGCGGCGAGAGCUCUGCAAGUGCCGCUUAUCGUUGUCGAGGCAGAUGUUGUUGUUCCUGUCGAGACGGCCACAAACAAAGCCGAGCAUGCGGCAAGAACGAUACGACCAAAGAUUAACCGCCUCCGCGACGAUUUCCUUGAACCGCUGGAACAAGUCGCCCUUCCUUACCAGGAACAAGGCGAUGGAAAGUGGGACGUAGCCGACGAUUGGCUCGAGGACGGACGCAAAACCGAGGAUCGCAUCGAUCAUGUUGAUGUGAAAAAACAUGAUGAUGUACUGGCCUCGCUGCAGGGGCUUGACAGAGGGGCUCCGCUCGUUUCUUCUUUCAAGGGAGGAGAGAAAGAGGCACAAGAGGUGCUCAAAACGUUUCUCAAGGAGCGAUUACGUGAGUAUGGUCCUGGGAGGAAUGAACCGUCGAAGCAGUUGCAGUCUGACCUGAGCCCCUAUCUACGGGCGGGUAAUAUUUCUCCCGUUGACAUUGCCCUCCAAACACUGGACUUUGCAAAGGAUAAAAAAAGCGGCAUGAAAGAGAGCCUUGAUUCCUUCCUGGAAGAGCUCAUCGUCCGGAGAGAGCUUGCCGCGAACGCGUGCUGGUUCAAUCCCGACAAGUAUGACGCCUACGAGCACAUUGUCCCCUCGUUCGCGAGAGCUUCGCUAGAGCUGCACAAAGCCGACAAGCGCCCGACUACAUAUACCUACGAAGAACUAGAAGCUGGACUGACGCACGACGACUACUGGAACGCGGCGCAGUUGGAGAUGGUGGUGCGCGGCAAGCAGCAUGGCUACAUGCGCAUGUAUUGGGUGAAGCAGAUAAUCGGGUGGGUAGACGACCCCGCGGUGGCCAUGGACUACGGCCUCCGCCUCAACAACCGGUGGGAACUCGACGCCGUCGAUCCCAACUCGUACGCCGGUGUCAUCUGGUGCUUCGGCUUGCACGACCAGGGCUGGAAAGAGCGCCCGAUCUGGGGAAAAGUGCGAUACAUGAACGAUGCGGGCUUGAAACGGAAGUUCAACAUGGCUGCCUACGUCGCCAUGGUCGACCGCCUCAUCGCUGAACAGGGGCUCCCUGCGCACAUCGCCGCGCUCCGCAAGGCGCGCGGCGCUGAUCGCAGGCAGAAAACCAUCGACCAAACCAUGAAGCGCAAGCGUAAGACCUCGGCUGCACCCUCAAACAAAGCCGCGAAGGAAUCUCUCCUCCGCUCCAUCAAACGACUUAAGGAAUAA